AUGGUCAAACCGAAGUCAACUUUCGGUUUGACCAUGGCUCAAUCGAAUGUUGACUUCGGUUUGACCAUGGCUCAACCGAAGUCUUCGUUCGGUGAAGGGCGCCGCAGAACGAACGGAGCUUACCUUCUUCUCCGGCGAGCACGGACGGCAGGCGAGAGGAGGGCUGACGGCGACGGCGAGUGCGUGGCGGCGUGGGACGGCAGGCCACUGGAGGAGGGCUGCGACGGCGACAGCGGACGAGGACUCACGGCGACGGGGGAAGGGCGAGGUGGGCCGGCGGGUGACUGA